CGCAGUUCCCUUUCUGGUGGUAGGUUUCCAGGACCUUCCUUUUUACUUUUUACGUUCCUUUUUACUUGUGCUAAUAUAAACAACCUAACGAUAACAUGAUUUAUAACAUAAUGUAUUACCAAUGACCUAGGUAUCCGUGGUCUUUCGCUGGGACACCUACCCGUGGUCUAGCUGGUCUGUGCCAGUUACAGCUUACAGUGCAAGUACUUUUCAUGCAAUGCAGUUCGUCGCAGAUUGUUGAAAGAAACUUCAAAGUUACGAACGAUUGUGCAUCGUUAUGAUGUUAUCACUUGCGGCAUGACGACAAUAAUGGAUCACAUUAUCGCAAACCAUGAACAUUCUGAAAUGGAAAAAAAUUCGGAGAAGUUCGGCAGUAUGGAGUUUGAUCGUGAAGACGACGACGCUAAUAUGGAAGCCCAGGAACAAGAAAAUGUUACUACUGAAGAACUGGAGAACAGUGGGAAAGAUGGAGGAUUCACAAUUGAUGAUUUGAAAUUUCCUGAAGCAGUUGUUGUCAGAGUCAUGAAGGAAAUUCUGCCCGAGAAAACCCCAGUUGCGAAGGAUGCCAGAGAUUUUCUCUCACGGACUGCAGUCUUCUUCGUGUUGUACCUUGUAGACUGUGCGGUUGGUUUGGCUGUGCGAAAGAAAAGGAAAACGAUCCUACCGGAAGAUGUGUUGAUGGCCUUGGAUGACGGUGAAUUCAGCGCCAUGGUGAUUGAACUGAAAGCUUUACUAGCAGAGCGAAAGAAAAAUCCUUUGAAAGCAAAAGAAAUUUCAGUGAAUGUGCCCGAUGCAUCGCUAGCAUCCAAGACAUCGACAGAAAUAGUAUUAAAUGAUUUACUGGAGCAACUGGAAGCAGAGAACAUCCCCGAGGGCGGGAAUGAUCCUGUACAUGAUGUGCUGGAUGAGAAUAAUAUCGACCUUGGCCGUGGUGGUGAACUUGUGGAACCUUCCGGACAAAAGUGUCUAAGUGAAGCAUUUAAUGCAUCCGAUGACGAAGACUAGCCGUCGGCCUGGUUUGCCACUGUUUAUGGUUGUCUUAUGGGUAGUAUAAUCUUUUUGCUCUUUUUUUCUGUAUGUAUUGUAAGAGAACUUUAAGAAAUGGUGUGCUGUAACGCACUGGCCAUUCGGUACGGUACGGGCGUCGGCGAGUGAUAUUACCAAAACCAUUGAACCAUUUUAUGGUUUUUUUUUUGCUGUAGACAACUCGCUAAAAGCUCAAACCGUUGCACAGGUCUGAAAGUUUAUAUUUCCGGAUUGCUAUGUUAACCGGGCACUGGGCAGCAGCCCUUUUAAUAUAAAUAAUGUAUCCUUUUUUAAUCGUUAACGUGUUGUACCAG